AUGAGCCGCAAUUUCAAUAUCCAGUCGAUCAUUGAUGGCGGCGACUCCGCCGCCAACCCCAAGCUUGCCGAGGCGAUGUCGCAAUUCCGGACUCCGGUGUUUGAUACUGGCGACGCUAAGGCGCUGACACCAGCGCUGCCAGCGCCGCUGGCGGCGACGGGCGCUGCUGCUGGCGCUGCCUCGAGCGCCACUACUACUAAAGCACCGGCGCCGCUGGCUUCGCUACAAGAGCACAUGAAAAAGUUCCAGACCCAUUUGGACUUUGGUGAUGCCAAGCUGAGCCUGACAUCGCCCACCCCGGUUGUGCUGGCUUCCACAGCAAAGCCGCCGGCGCGGUCGCUGAUCAAUCUGCUUAUAAACAAUGAAGAGCCGCCGGCGGACGCGGCGCUGGCGCUGGCGCUGGCGCCGGCGAAGGCGCCAGUAAAGCGGCAGCGCAAGGCGCCGGUGAAGAAGCGCACCGCCGCCGCUGCUGCUGAUGGCGCUAAGGCCACCACUGGGGAAAAACCGGCGAAGAAGACCAAGACGAAAAAGGCGACCCCGGAAGUCAAUCCGGCCGUCGCCGCGCCCGACCCGAAAGUGAUCACUCUGGGGUCGACCACGGAGAAGAAUAAAAAUACCACCGAAACCAAGACGCCAGCGCUGUCAAUUCUCAAUUUACUCAAUGAUGAGCCUCAGGAAGAAGAGGUAGCAAAACCAACCCCGCCGCCGGCUCCAGCAAAGGAUAAAGAGCCGGUACGUGAUUUGAUUGACGAUUUGUAUAAUCGUGAAAGUCGCGAUAAGCCAAAACCGUUACCGAUAAUUGCUUUAAAUAUUCCGUUAUUGGAUCCAAAUAAUCCGAAACCAGGACAGGCAGAGGUGGUGGUGAACGUGCUCAAGCUCAGCGAGGAGAAAUACGGGUUCGACGCCAUCCACCCAAACGCGAAACUGUCGACGGAACUCAUGAACGAUAUGCUUGAGGAAGACGAUGACGAUAACGCUGACGAUGACGACAUUGAGAUCAUCGUCAUGCCCCAGCUGAAACAGCUGCUGCUGCUGCUGGCGGCGAAGAAAGGCGCGGAAGAAGAAGAAUUGACCGAGGAGCAAUUGGCUCACCGCCACCAGGUGCGGAUGAAUAAGCGGGUGGGUAAAUACGACUACGAGGACCCGUUCAUUGACGAUGAAGAACUCCAGAUUGUCGAGGAUAUCUCGACGACUAAAGAGGGGUUCUUUGUGUAUUGGGGUCCCUUAGUGGAGGAGACGAAACCGGUUAAGAAGACCAAGAAACGGACCACGGAGAAGUAG